GUUAAUAAAUGUGUUAAAAAAUAAUGUCGCUAGCUAACUUACUAUCGAAAUUAAAAAUAACAACAAAAUUAUUAAAAACUACACAAAAUGAUUUAUCAAUAUUGAAUAGAAAUAUUUACAAACAUGUAGAAAAACCUAAACCAGGUAUAAAAGGUAAAAGCUAUCGACGAAUUGUUCAUUUCGAAGAUGAAUAUACAGUUAAACCAUUAAAUGUAACUAAUUUAGCUGGACGUGAUCCUGUAACAGGAAGAGUAGUGGCAAAAGGUAUUGGUGGUGGUAUUAAACAUAAAUAUCAUUGGAUACAAUGGAAACGAGAAGGACCUAAAGAAGGCCCACCACAAGAAGAAAAGGUUCUUCAAAUUUUAAAAGAUGGAUGCCGGACAGCUCACAUUGCAUUAGUCGGAGUUGGUGAUCAAUUAAAAUAUAUUUUAGCUACAGAAAAUAUGAAAGCUGGUGAUAUUAUUAAAACAUCAUGUGCAAUUCCCAGAAUACCAGUUCGAGCUAAUGAAGGCGAUGCACAUCCAUUAUGUGCUCUACCUGUUGGAACAAUAGUACAUUGUGUCGAAAAGUAUCCAGGUUUAGGUGGAUUUUUAGUGCAUGCAGCUGGAACUUUUGCAACAAUUACACGACGUGUUGGUGAUCGUGUUAUUAUUCAAUUACCAUCAAAACAAGAAUUAUCAUUAGAUGGUACAUGUAUGGCAACUGUUGGACGUAUUUCUAAUAUUGAACAUGGUAAAACACCAAUAGGUUCAGCACAACGUAAUCGAGAAUUAGGUAAUCGUCCACGUUCUGGUUUAUGGCAAAGAAAAACUGGUAAACAUGGUCGUAAAAUUCGACCAUUACCACCGGUUCGUGUAAUUACCACAGGUCCACCAAAACCAAUAGAACCUAUAAAAUUGUCCUUAAAUUUGUAAUUUUAAUAAUUAUUGUUAACUAGUUCAAGAUGAGAUAGUUUAAAAGACAGAAAUGUUUUGAAAAGGGUAUCUCUUUUCAAAAUAAUUUUCUGCUAU